UCUAGGGCUAUGCUUAAUAUGCGUCAGUAAAAUUGGACCUAUAUUUUGUACUGUACUGUAUGCGGACAAUGACUCCUCCCUUUCCUGCGCUGCUGGCGGGAGAUGCAAAAAACAAGCGGACGUAGUUCUCGCCAGCGAGCUACGCGGACGUUAGCUGCUACUGAUUUGACCGAACCAGGAAGACUUGUACCGUUUAUUGUAGCAGAAACAAAAUUAUGGAUCACGGUUCUGAUGUCGAUCAAAAAACCUGCGCCUGGACCAAAACUCGACAGGCAGUCGCCCAGUUCCGAGACCUUUUGCUCUGCGCGAAAUGUUCGAAGCUUAUGAGCGAACCAGUCUGCUUCGGAGCUUGUGAACACAUGUUUUGCAGGACCUGUGCAGGGGUACAAAUACGAGACGGCUGCUGUAUCUGUCAUAGCCCGGCUUGGGUGAGAGAUAUUCAGGUCAACAGACAGCUCAACAACAUCACACAGCUCUUCCAUGACCUGGACUGUCUGCUGAACCCUAGGGAGCUCUCAGCCACCCCGCCCGCCGGCUCCCCCGUGCGGCCCGAUGACGCCGCUCUCCGAAGGCCCGGGAAGAACGUGAAGAUCUGGUUCAGCCCCCGCAGCAGGAAGGUGCGCUGUCAGGUGGAGAGGGCCGGCGAGUGCGCCCCCCAGGGCCGGGGGCCCGGGAAAGAAGAAGCGGCCCCUCGGGAGCCCCCGGCCCGAGACCUGUCCGUCUACAACUUCAACUCCUCCUCCCAGGACUCGGGGAGCUCUCCGCGGCGCGGCGGAGGCGGAGACGGAGGAGGCGGGAGGAAGCGGGCGGCGCGGGGGAAGAGGAAACGCCCUCAGAGCAGCCCGAGGCCGGCCACGCGCGGGCGGACCCAGACGGCCGUCAGGAGGGAGAAGCUGGCCGCCAUUAACAAGGAGUGGGGCUUCGGCUGCCCGGAGGAGCGCACCGUCGCCGGGGAGGGCGGGCGGGGUGGCGGAGAGGAGGAGGAGGAGGAGGAGGAGGAGGAGGAGGAGGAGGAGGAGGUCCGGAGCAAACGCCGGCCCAGCAGGAAGGUGUCCUUCCGGAUUGCUGGGGCUCCCCCUGGUGGCCUGGAUGUUCCCCAGCAGCGGGAUCCGCCGACCCCGAACGGGGGUGUUUCAGAGGCGGGCUCGGCUAGUGCGGGGGAGCCUGUGCCCGUCCAGAAGCAGAACCAGAACCAGAACCAGAACCUGAGCCCCCCGGCGGCGAAGACGGCCGUCCCGGCCGUGCUCUCGCCUAAACCGACGACACCGCCGCCGCCGUCGUCCUCAGCCCGUCGAGCCUCCAAGAGAGCCCUGCCACCGGGGGGCGCCCAACCCGAGAGCACCCCCAAGAGACGCAGGUCUUCCCCGGGCCAAGGGAGGCGUCCGGGGGCCCCCGCCCCGCCCUCCGCCUGUCCCAGCCCUGAUUUUGAGAGCCCUGUCCGGCGGUCCGCAAAGGACCCGGGGACCCCCUUAGGCUCCCCUCGGACCCCAGGGAGGGGCUCCCCGGCUGGGCCUGGGCUGCUCCGGGGCAGCCCUGCUUACCUGAAGAGGAACCAUAAAGGGGAGACGCCUCUGCACCUGGCCGCCAUUAAGGGGAACGUGGAGGCGGUGGGGGAGCUUCUGGACCAGGGAGCCGACCCCAACCUGAAAGACCAUGCUGGCUGGACCCCCCUGCACGAGGCCUGCAACCUGGGACACCCGGGUGUAGUGGAGGCGCUGCUCCUGAAGGGGGCGCUGCUGAACACGCCGGGUUACCAUAACGACUCGCCGCUGCACGACGCGGUCAGGAACGGUCACGUGACCGUGGUCCGGCUGCUGCUGGAGCAGGGCGCCUCCCGGGACGUGCUGAACAUGUUUGGACUGCGCCCAGCGGACUACGCAGAAACGGAAGAAAUGCGGGCAAUUCUUCAGGCACCUUCUGAAGGACCCCACACCCUCGACACCCCACUCAGCCCGAACACGAGCCUAAGCAAGGUGACGGGGGGCUCAUGGAGAGACGGGCCGGUGGCGUUCCUGGGCUCUAAGCUGACCUCGCCCCAGCGGAAGCGGCUGACCAAACUGGGCCGGCUCCUCGGGGCCCGGGGUGUCGACUCCUUCUCCUCCUCAGUGACCCACGUAGUGGUUCCGGAGGGCCCGAUCCCCACCACCCUGUCCUGUCUCCGAGGGGUCCUGAACGGCUGCUGGGUCCUGCGCUUCUCUUGGGUGGAGGCGUGUCUGAAGUCGGAGGACUGGGCGGACGAGAGCGAGUUCGAAGCGGGGGAGGGUCCCCAGCGGAGCCGUCUCAACCGUGACAACCUGCUCCCUCGGCUGUUUGACGGGUGCUUCUUCUUCCUGCUGGGCCCCUUUAAGAGCCCCUCCAGGGAGGAGCUGCUCCAGCUGGUUAGAGAGGGUGGGGGGCAGGUUCUGACCCGCCAGCCCAAACCCGACAGCGACGUGACCCAGACCCUCACCGCGGCCGCCUACCACGCCCGGCCCGGCUCCGACCAAUCCCUGAGCACCCAGUACAUCCUCUACCACGCCCAGAGCUCCCACAGGCCCCCGAGGGUCCGCCUGGGCAAGGUGUGGUCCGCCCCCACCUCCUGGCUCCUGGACUGCAUCGUCGCCUUCCAGCUCCUCCCGGUGCCCGAGCUCUAGCUGUCCGAACGCCGCGCCCCACAUUUUACCUGGUUGCCAUGGGAUACGCUCACGCAUCGAGCAUUUUGUGGAGACUCCAAAGGCCAGUCUGUAGUCCAGAGAUGGUGUCGCUCACCUGAAAUCGCAGAACGUUGCGUGACUCCCAACGCAGACUGUGAUCCUGAGCAAAAAGUAUAAAUGCAGUAUACCAGAGUAUAAAAG